AUGCUCACCGACAGCACCACCCUCCGCCAGUCCGUUGGAAACCUCAACCAAAGAUCUGACUGCAUCGACUAUCCCCCCACCGAUGAUCUUGAUGUUCUUGAUAUGGAGGACCGUGAGAAUUUGGUAAAACACUUGUGGGGUGUGCAUAUGAACAGCAGGCGGAUCAGGUUGCCGGGUUUUUGGCAGGAUGCUUUUGUGGCAGCACAUGAGGACUUAACCAGCGAGUUCCCCGAAGUUCGGGAGGCAGCCAUUUCAGAGAUUGCUGGGAUGUCUGUGGGCUAUAUUGAACUCGAGCCCCCUCCUCUCCAUACGUUGAUAUGUCUAUAUAGUCACUCUAAGAAUAAGGACAAUGGUAGUGUAACUGCAGAUGAUUGA